AUGAACUGCUUCACUCUCUCGAGGUCGACGGCCCUCCGUUUGCGUCAAUCAGCUAUUCCACAACUAAAGCAAGCCUCGAGGGCCUUCAGCACCGUUCUCGACACCCCCACCAUCUCCGCCGAAACUCCAGCGAGCCCCUCAACCCGCUCAACACUACAAGAUGCCCUUACAGCAAACAGGCCGCGAACGAACUGGACAAAGGAAGAGAUAUCAGACAUCUAUAACACGCCGCUCAUGGAGCUGGCAUUCGUUGCCGGCACCCUCCACCGCCGCUUCCACAACCCCUCCUCAAUCCAAAUGUGCACCCUCAUGAACAUCAAAACCGGGGGCUGCAGCGAAGACUGCUCCUACUGCGCGCAAUCCAGCCGCUACUCCACCGGGCUAAAAGCAACCAAACUCUCCUCCGUCGACUCCGUCCUCGAGGCCGCGCGCAUCGCCAAAUCGAACGGCUCCACCCGCUUCUGCAUGGGCGCCGCCUGGCGCGACAUGCGGGGCCGCAAGACCAACCUCAAGAACAUCAAGGCGAUGGUCGAGGGCGUGCGGGCACUGGACAUGGAGGCAUGCGUCACGCUCGGUAUGAUUGACGCUGCCCAGGCGCAGGAGCUGAAGGAGGCAGGGCUCACCGCUUAUAACCAUAAUGUCGAUACGAGUAGGGAGCACUAUCCGAGCGUUAUCACGACGAGGACGUAUGAUGAGAGGCUGGCGACGAUCGAGAAUGUGAGGCAGGCAGGCAUUCAUGUGUGUACGGGCGGCAUCUUGGGGCUGGGCGAGCUGGCCCGAGACCACGUGGGUCUGAUCCAUACUGUCGCGACCAUGCCCGCGCAUCCGGAGUCUUUCCCCGUGAACGCCCUGGUGCCGAUUAAGGGAACGCCGCUGGGAGACCGGUUGGCGGAAACCGGGAAGAUGCCCAUCGAGUUCGAUGCCGUGCUGCGGACCAUUGCGACGGCGCGGCUGGUGAUGCCCACUACUAUCAUCAGGAUUGCAGCGGGUAGGACGACAAUGAGCGAGGAGAAGCAGAUGCUGUGCUUCAUGGCGGGCGCGAAUGCGGUGUUUACUGGCGAGAAGAUGUUGACGACAGAGUGCAAUGGCUGGGAUCAGGACAGGGAGAUGUUUGAGAGGUGGGGGUUGAGGCCUAUGAAGUCGCACGAGGUGAGGCAGGGUAGGGUCGAGGAAGCAGAAGAGGUUGGUGAGGUGCCGGAGCCGGUGAUGACGAGGCCGAACACGCUUGAGAGGCUGCAGAAGAGUACGGCAACUGCUGCACUCUAG